AUGUCCAUCACCACCCCCGUCACCCUUUCAAAACCAGCAUUCUGGAAACCCGGCACAGCCCCGCCACCAACAGGAUCCUCCCUCGAUCGUUCCUCCGAAUCCACCCCCUUUCUCCCGCAAACUCGAUCCUCAACCACUUGCACCACCUCCGCCAUCUCUUCAUCUCGCCUUCAAAUCCUCCACGCCCUCGAAUCAUCCCAAAUCGUAAUCCUAAUCUCGCCAACCUCAGCCAACAGAUCCACCCAUCUCCCUCUCCUACUCCAUACCUCUUCCUGGUCUUCCCCCACACACGGCAUCAUCGGCAUUACCCAACCUCGUCGAACCGCAACCAUAUCACUCGCUUCUCACGUCUCCUCCCUUCUCUCUUGCCCCCUUGGGAGCACGGUUGGGUAUAGUGUCCCAUUCGAGGAUCAUUCCUCUCCCUCCACCCGGAUCAAGUAUCUCACCGAUGAAGCACUGUUUCGAGAGUUGAUUCGAGAUCCUCUUCUUACACAUUAUAGCGUGGUGGUUGUAGAUGAAGCACAAGAGCGAAGUGCUUGGGGUGAUUUGUUGCUGGCGAUGUUGAAAAAGGUAAUUAGGAGGAGGCGGGAGUUGAGAAUCGUGGUGAGUUGUGCUACAGAUGGGGCGAUUUUUAAAGACUUUUUCCAAGAGCAAGGCGUCGGAGGGGUGAAGGUGAUCAAGCUCGAUGACAGGACCUAUCCGGUUGAUAUAGCAUAUCUAAAACAGCCCUGUCAAGACUACGUAAGGGAAAUGGUUGAAACCAUGCUCAAAAUCCACUCAACAGAACCGAUGGGGGAUAUCUUAGCUUUUCUCCCUAGUCGAGAAGAGGUCGAAUUCGCCCUUCAACUCCUAUCUGAUCGUCAGCUGGAUUUGCCGCCUUCCGAAUCUCGACUCUUGCUGCUUCCAUUACACGCUGGGCUGUCGGCCUCGGAACAAGAAUUGAUCUUCUCCUCCACCCCUCCUGGCCAAAGAAAAGUGGUUGUGGCGACAAAUAGCGCAGAGACGAGCAUUACAAUCCCCAACAUCACCUACGUCGUUGAUUGUGGCCUCGAAAAGCUUCCGCUCACCUCCCCUGAUGGUAUCCAAAGGUUAGCUUCGCUCCCUACAUCCCAUGCUACUGCGGCUCGACGCGCGAUUCAAGCUGGCCAAGUGGGCGGGGGGAGAUGUUUCCGGCUGUACACCGAACAAUAUUUUUCCACGCAGAUGCGCAAGAUGACGCCGCCAGAACUCAACCGAGUUGAUCUCACGCGGCCGGUGUUGAUGCUUAAAUCACUAGGCAUAGACAACCUGGUCCGAUUCGAUUGGAUUCCUCCCGCACCCCCGCCUGAAUCCUUAGCUAGAGCGUUACAAUGCUUACUGGAGCUCGAAGCUUUGGACGAGUCCACACGCUUAACGCAGCGGGGCGAAUGGAUGGCAGACUUGCCUCUACCCCCCCAUUUGGGCAGAAUUCUCAUUGGCGCUGCGGAGGAGGGAUGUGCGAAAGAAAUGCUGAGCGUGGUGGCAAUGAUGCAGAUCACCUCGCCUUUCUGGAGGCUGGAGACGAUCGAGACGAAAACUAGUGUUAGACAGUUUAUUGCGCAGGAAGGGGAUUUGUUCACGUUGCUGAAUGUCUAUGUUGCUUUUACGAAUGACAGCGUUGGAAGGAGAAGUGCCAAGUGGUGCUCUAGGAAUAGGUUAAAUUUUCAGGCGCUAUCGAGGGCUGUGUCGAUCUGUAACCAGCUCCAAAAGUAUCUCAUUCGGUUUAGUAACAGUCCGGGUUCAGAGCUGAACGCCGAAUCUUCGGUGUUGGACAGAGAGGAUGCGAUAGAAAAAAUCACCAGAGUUCUAGCCAAAGGUCUGUACGCAAACUUGGCAAAAUACGACGAAGCAACAAUGACCUAUACAACCGCUGUGGGCGGUGAAACCGUCCAUCCGCAUCCCAGCAGUGUUUUCUUCAAUCGCAAGCCUGAUAGCCGAAAGCGCUGGAUCCUCUUCGGCGAAGCAAUGCAGGGUACAGGAGGCAGUGGGGAAGCCAAGACGUAUAUCCGAGACAUAACCCUCCUAGGCGAGCUAGAAUGGCUCUUCGACUCUGUACCCGGCUUUUACAGCGUCGAAACCAAGUUCGGCAAGGAGAGUAGUAGCGCAGCUAUCCCUAUCAGUGGCAUCAAUGGUGCGGAUGAAGAGUUGUAA